AUGUCCUUUUCUACACAAUAUUAUGAGACUUUAGAGUUCAUCAAAAAUAAAUUUAAUGAUUAUAGUAAAACUUUAGAAGAAGCAAAGCAUAUUAUGGAUGAUGAAAUGCCCAUAUCAAUUCCUAAUAACCAUAUCGUGAAUGAGGUCAAACUGCAUAAAAGAUAUAGGAUCAAAAGCAAGGAAUAUUUAGAGGACGUUGUGGAUGAGAAGUGGAAAUAUUUUGACGAUGACGGAUCAAAUAAUCUUGGAAAAGUUAAGGUUACAGGAAGGGUCGCACUUCACUUAUUUGGAGGAGGAUAUUUUGCGGGAUCCAGUAAAAUAGCUCGCAAUCAUACUUUCUCGAUAGCUGAAAAGGCUGAAUGUCAUGUUUUUUCAAUUGAUUAUCAUCUUGUCCCAAAACAUCAAUUUUCUGCGCAACUUUGCAACGAUUUAGCAGCGUAUUUUUAUCUUACAAACCCUGGUCCGGAAGCUGGAUUUGAGCAAAUUGAUCCAAAAAGUAUUGUGUUUGUUAGAACUAGUGCUGGUGGUGGAUUGGCUGUUGGUACAGCGCUGUUUCUUCGUGAUGCAGGUUUGCCAUUGCCAUCUGAAAUUGCUUUAAUUAUUAAGCAAAAGAAGCCAAAAGUGGUUGGGCACCCAUCUUUUACCAAAAUCCCAAGGAUUAGGCUUCUCUGCGCAAAUGAGGCCUUGGCCAUUCCUUAUAUCAGUCCAAAGUUGGCUGAAAGUUUAGGAAAUCUACCACCUAUUUCUGUGCUUUCGAUCCAAGUGCCCAAAUACGCUACGGAGAAAUUUGCUAAUUCUCCAUUCAAAAAAAGCCCACAAAAGUCACACACGAAGUCUAUGAUGACUUUUGUUCCAACUGAAAAAAUUACCCAGUUUUCGCUUAAUAGAGCUUAUGAUUUCAUUAAGCUUCAUGCAGCUGUCAAUGUAAAUAUUCCUAACGGGUCAGAAAAUAAUGAUACAUAUGAAAACGGGAAAACCCUUAACGCAGUCGCAAUUUACCCUAACUUUGAAGUUAGGGAGUUGGACGGGAAAUAUUUGGAAUGCUUAAAGUUUGAGAACGUUGGAGUUUUGCCGGACGUGAAUGAACCUGAUUAUGUUAAUAACGUUUAG